AUGAUAUCGACGAUACGUCCCGAUAUUGAUCACACCGACGAGUACGUAUGCAACACGACUGCUCGCGCAUUCUCCGUUGUCGCUUCCGCCUUGGGCAUUCCAUCCCUCCUUCCUUUCCUCAAAGCUGUCUGCCGAUCUAAAAAGUCAUGGCAAGCUAGGCACACUGGUAUUCGAAUUGUUCAACAAAUUGCGAUUAUGAUGCGGUGUUACACCAUCUUCGGAAAUUGGUAG